ACAAAGAAUGUGCGAUCUUCGGCGGGCGGUGAUUGAGUUGACGAUAUGGAGCGAAGAGAAAAGAAGGAAUUGAAACUGUGUACAGAGGGUAUGAAGGUAUGGGUUUCUAGACUUAAUUUUUUUCUUCUUUAAUAUUCUGUAAGUCGGUACGGCACGAUCACGUGUGUAUUUACUCAACGACAGAUUUCUCAGUGUGCCGAUCCUUCGGGCUAGGUAGCUCAGCUUGCUUCGCUCACCGGCUAGCGUGACGGAUUCCCAUUUACUAAGCAGACGACCCGAGACAUUGAUACUUCUCUACAUCUCCCGCGCCUUUUCUUUUCAUUGCCCUUCCUCCUCACACAUCACGUCAUUUUCUCCGACCGAUAUGAACAUGUCCGUCCAUCUUAUACAGGACUUAAAAGGUUAAGUCUUGCUCGGACUGGUUGUUACCAUGUGACGUCAUAAACCUGAUCUCUGAGGACAAACUUUGGACAUUGUUUCUCUUUUUAACUUUUUUUUUCUCGGCGGUCGAGGAUUUGGUGGAAGAAAAACAAGAGGAUUGCUGAGAAGUGUUUAAGUUUGUGUGAAAUGGAUCGUUGAAGAAUCUGUACCGAGGCUUGAUUGCUAUUUUAUCCAUUGGGCAUUGCUGAGCCAUGCGGCCUAACUUGGUGUGGUUAUUCCAUAUCAUACUGCUGGUUGAGUUCUCACACCAACCCAAGCUUUUAGCCCUUUCGUCGGUGGUAGCACUCGGAGCCAACGUAAUCUGCAAUCGCAUCCCCGGUUUGGCUCCACGGCAGCGGGCCAUCUGCCAGAGGAGGCCAGAUGCCAUAGUGGCCAUCGGAGAAGGAGCACAGAAGGCCGUGCAGGAGUGUCGAUUCCAGUUCCGCAACGGAAGGUGGAACUGUACCCUGCCAAAGUAUGAAGAGACCAUCUUUGCACAAGACAUGCCUGCUGGUAAGGCAACACGACGAGGUAAUCGCGAGGCGGCCUUCCGUAAAGCCAUCACCUCAGCCGGCAUCACACACGCAAUUACCGAGGCAUGUAUGCAAGGUAAUCUCACCAACUGCAGCUGUGAUCGAAGCAAGGAGACCGGGGUCACCGACGAGGGUUGGCGAUGGGGAGGCUGUAGUGCUGACGUCGAGUACGGUCUCAGGUUUUCAAGGCUUUUCGUCGACUCGGGUGAAGUGGCAAACAAUGCCAAGACGCUCAUGAACCUUCACAAUAAUGAAGUUGGCAGAAAGGUAGUAGAGGAUCAUGUAGGAAUGGAAUGCAAAUGCCACGGUGUUUCAGGGUCGUGUACCACCAAGACGUGCUGGACAAUGCUUCCCAAUUUCCGAUCAGUGGGAGAUAUUCUCAAAGAGAAAUACGAAUUAACUCUCCAGGUGGAGCCCGUAAAAGCUAAGCGAACAAGGAGACCGACGUUUCUCAAAGUCAAAGACUCCGAGAAUUACAGAAAACCACGUUUGUCUCAUUUAGUGUUUUUGCACCGGUCGCCGAACUAUUGUGAGUUCGACGAGAACAAUGGUUCGAUGGGAACGGUGGGACGGAGGUGCAACCGGACGUCGACAUCGACAGACAGUUGUGAUCUUAUGUGUUGCGGCAGAGGCUACAACACACAUCAGUACACCAAAACAUGGCAGUGCAACUGUAAAUUUUAUUGGUGCUGCUACGUCAGAUGCAAUCAAUGUAGCGAACAGACUGAAGAAUACACGUGUAAAUGACACGGACUUUGUGUAAGGACAAUCACCAUAAACAGCAAUAGGAUGCCCAAGAUGGGUGUUUAUUGAUUGUGAAUACAAUCUGAAAAUGUUAAUGGUUUAAUGUGACGAAAAAGUUGUCCAGGGCAUUUGGAUGUCGACGAUCAAAUCGACGACUGAAGUUAUAGGACUGAGUUCAAAUCGGAAAACUCCUAAAAGGAGAAGAAAAAAAGCCAUAUCGAAAGUUUUUACAAAAAUAGACACAUUUGUCUGCAUAAUCAUGCUAUUUUCUCUAUCCUCUUAGCGUGGCGAGACUUGAUACUUGUCGUGCUUAUUCGUUCUUUGCCUAUAAACUCUAACACGUUUAGUACCAACGGUUUGCAAAGAUCAAACAAUAUUGCGUCAUAAUAUCCUCACUAUAUAUCUUGUGUAAUCAAAUGCGUGCAUACUGAGUGGGAUGGUGCCAAGUCGAUAUUACUUGUCUCUCUGACCUCCCAUCGAACCAACAGUCAUCUCUACGAUUCCAUCAAAUCCAACUUCCGUUUGCUUUUGUUUCGUUUGUACAAUUACAUAUCAUUAUACUAGUACCAUCUCCAAAUCACUUUGUCAUCGAAGAUAUUGCUUCGAUUUGGGGGUAAAUUAUAAUAAUAAUUGUAUAGCAAGUGGAUAAUUUCCUAUCAAAUAGGUGCGAUGAUAUAAAUUUAGCCUGAGAACAAUCACAAAUUCUUAAUUUCUAUAGCAUCAUCUAUUUUGUUUAUUUAAUAGUAAAAUAAACUUAUGAUGCCUCUCGCACGGAGAAGUGUCCAACAUAGUUGACAUCUUGGAGAUGCCAAUUGCCUGACAUUCUAGCAGAUCAUUUUGUUAGGCCUAUUAUAAGAAACAAUUUGUAUUUUGCAAAUGUUACGUUUUUGACUAUGUAAGACCUGAUAAAACAUAAUCGGUUUGAUGACAUUUCAACUUGAAAUAAAAUGCCUCUUCUAAUAUCAAGUUACAAUGUUUUUAAACUGUGUAAGCUUGCAGAAUGUGUAUCUGAAACGAAACUACACUUACAGAGUAACUCGGACACAAUCUCUUUCACACAAAUUUCAAAUUUGUUCCAACGAAUUAAAGCUUUUAGUCUAUAAAUUCAUAUUGGUUGUGAUUUUUUCUAUCAGUACUUGAAAUUGUUUUAUUAUGGAUACACCGCUCUCUCUUUUUUGUGACUAUUGUGACCUUUUCCUUCCCCGAAAUUCUUUCAUUUUCCAUCCCAUCAGUGUUGUCUUUUCUUUCUUUUUUUAUUCAAAUCUUUCAGAAAUCAAAAAGGUCUAGACUGUCGAAAUAUCGUAAUCGAAAUUCGGAAAUGGUAAUCUAAAAUAUGAAUUAUUAUAGCCGUGAAAAGAAUAUCAUAUAAAAGCGCAUUCGCAUAAUGAUUUAAAUGCAUUCAAACUAUUGAUAGGAUGUAAUAUCUCGGUGUUAGGUUUUUAAUAUUUUCAUAUUCCAUUAGGCUGCAUGAGUUUACAGUAAAAAAAUAAUGAAUACCCCCCCCCCCCCCCGUGUAUGUUACAAGUCACUUUUCAAGGAACUUAUAGUAUUCAUAACACAUGUAUUAUAAUCACAAUACCUGAUAUAUAGGCUACCUUCUAAAACAAGAGCAAGGAUUUAGUAUUUAAGUCUAGAAGGACAUGAAAAAUCAUGUUUAUAUGCACGUUAUUAGCAUUAUUUGCAAAUAAUAUGUGAACCAGUUAAAAUUCCAGAGCAGAUUACUUAACCCUUUGCCCGAUUUAUUUCACCAAAGUCGUCUACAUUAUGUCUUUUCGUCUAUUCCCCAAAAGGUUCUCCAACUUAUUUAGGACAAAACCUUGGUUUUAAAUUAAAUUUUGUAGUUGUGGGGUAAGCAUGUCUGAGAUUCGGGAAACUUCUUUCAUUUUUGUCCGCUCCAUCUCAUCACAGCUCCCCAAAAUCUCAUGACCAGUUUUAAUAUUGACAGUUAUUUUUAUCCGCAAUGUACACAUCACACCGCAUAUUUGUGCAACGUAUUAUCUUUCUUUCAUGACUUAGUCUUCAAAAGUCUUUUCCUUUAUCCUCUGAUCUUAUACCCCAACCAUCCGUAUUUUCCCCGUUUUCUUUAUCAUUUAUCGCACGAACAUAAUGAGUGUAUAAUGACAUCCCACUUCAGAAGAAUAUACACCUCUUAUCGGGUAAAUGGGUUGAUUUAUUUCUCUUUCUGAAAGGCAAUGCACAAAUAGCUCCCAGUUAAAUGCGUCAUAAUCCCGUCCGACAUCAAAUUCAAUCCAUAUACACCUCCCAAUCAUGUAUCGCCGCCUUCUCUCGGUUUACUGUUAAAGCGAUUUAAAGUUUAUGAAGAAGGAACGCUGACAGGUUACCGUCAAUUUAAGAAUUCAUUGUGAUGAGAGGAUCGUUUCACAUUCAUGACACCUGUCAAAUUAAACAAUGAGUUUAUACUAGACAUAUCCGCUUAAAUGUUCAAGUGGAAAAGUGUCGCAAAUCCUUGAUUUUAUUACCAUUUUGUAAUACUUCUUUUUUAAUCUCACAAUGUUUCAGAGUUCAGAAUAACUAUCUGGUCUCCCCUCGUUGUAUGUAUUCAUUAUUUGAGCUGUAUUCUGUCUAGACUUUCACGAUAAGAACGUUCGUUAAAGGAUAAUCAAAUCAAAAAAAGUACAUGCCUUUGAUCCAUCUGCCUUUGAACUGGUCAAGAAAUCAUAGACUUGCUUUAUCAACAUUCUAUUUUUAAAAUCGUCAUUUUGUAAGUUUUGAUUGAAAGAAAUUUCCGCAAUAUUAUGUUUUAAAAAAAGCAAAAUAGACAUAAUCAUACAGUAUAAGAGUGGAUCAAGAGCUGAGAUUUUUUAUCAUCUCAUUUAAGCUUGAAUUUUCACAAUUCAUCGUGUCCAAUGCGCUUACAAUGCAAGUGAACUGAAAGCAAUUUUGAUUUUUUUUUUUCUAUACUGAUGCGUGGUCCUGAGCAUCAUCGAUGUACCAUUUGUUCGCUAAUAAAUUUGAGCUUUAUAAGAUAUGAUCUUUAUUGUCAUCAAUUUAAUGCUUUUCUCGGGUAAAACGAGCAGAUGUGAUCAUUGUUCUGAUACACUCAGUAAAAUUGUAUUUUGAAUGAAUAGUGAGAUCAGAAUGGGACCAUCACAAUGUGUCGAUCAUUUGUAUUAAUUAGAAAGCAGUCAUGAACUUGUAAAUCGAGUUAUAAAACAAAUAAUUCAAAAUAUUAAAAACGGUUGCGGGAAAAUAUAAUAAUCAUUGCUCGGAAUAAUAUUUGGAUUUACAUUUAAAUAAAGAAUAAGUAUGGAGACACUCAAUAGUUUUCCAUGAAUAAAGAUUGCCUUCGUUAUCAUGGUUAUUGUUAUUGCCAAUAAAAUAUUAUUCUAUAGCAAGUCAGAUGAUCGUUUUGCGAUCUCAUUCCCUUGGAUGCAUGAUCAUUCAUUUACUCUGAGAUGUGGUUUGAGUGUUUUCUUUGAAUUUCCGAAAUUUAAACAACUGGUUAUGUGAAAAAAAAACAUCAAGUGCAUGUCCAAGACUUUAUUGUUAAAAAAAUAGUAGAGAAUAAUGAACGAUGAUGAAUUGGUGCUUAGCAAAACAAUGUUUAAAAAAGUAUGUUAAAAAUAUCUACUUUUGAAAUUCCAUCCCAAUUAUUAUUUCUCACAAUUACAUUAUAUAUAUUUUUGUAAGUAUAUUAUUGAAUUGAUCUUUAAGUCGUAUGAAUAUCACUCAUACCUAUAGACUACCUGCCUAUUUAUUAUGGGUUAUGGCCUUACUCUCACUUGCAAGCUCAUCCAUUUACUGUUUUCAUGAAAUUAUUCAGCUACGUUGAAUUUUGUGGAUUUACAAUCAAUAAAUAUCAAAACCUUAAGAAUAUUUAUCUAUUUAUUUAUUGAAUUCUUAAGUAUGAAGAUUCUCUAUUCUUAGCUGAGUAAAUUCCAUUGUCAGGAUUGUCCAUCAGGUAGGAAAUGCAUUUCUCUUAAUUGACAGCAAUGGUCAACAAUAUAGGAAAAGAGACAAUCAUAAUUUACAAAAGUCUUCUCGUUUUAUCAUCGUUCAUGCAUUUACCUUGAUAAUAUAAAUGAUAACUGAUAAAUGACAGAUCUUGUUAUCUUUCAAAUAUGAUAUUCAAACAGCUUUAUGAAGAUGAAUGAUGGAUCGUUUCAAAUCCCCACAAUUGCCUAUUUACAUGAUUAAGUAACACUGAUUUCAUUUUCUUCCAUAUUUAUUGGCGUUCUCCAGGAUUGUUAUAAGUAAUCUAAUGUUGAAUGUGAUUCUAAGACGUUCGUGCUUUUCAAUGGUCUUAAAGGGUUUUUCUUUUUUAACUUUUGUUUGACUUUUAAUAAGUCUAAAACAAUACAUGCCUUUUCCUUAUGCCAAUAAAGAUAUAUGUACAGUGUUGUUUUCUAUGAUUAUGUAUGAUAAAAUCUUUUUAUAUUGUAUAAUAAAAUCAAUUGUCUAUAAUAUAAAAAAAUCUCACAAUCU